AAAUUUCUGAACCUGUCUUGGACUCACAGGGACUCGUCUCCCAGAGGCUUACAGGGGGACUAACGGGACUUCUUCACAAAAAUAAGGAAAAUGGGGCUUGGGACGGGGAUUGAUAAGUACAAAUUGGCAGCAACUUCAGAAGAUGGCGUCAAAAAGCCCAAAAAAGGGAAAAAGAAGCAGAAGGACAUGGAGGAGCUGAAGAAAGAAGUGGAACUGGAAGACCACAAGCUGACCUUGGAUGAGCUUCACCGCAAAUACGGCACUGACCUGACCAGGGGCUUGUCUGCUUUCCAAGCAAGGGAAAUCUUAGCUCGUGAUGGACCAAAUGCUCUGACUCCACCUGUUACUACACCAGAAUGGGUCAAGUUCUGCAAACAGCUCUUUGGUGGAUUCCAAACUCUACUAUGGAUUGGUGCAUUUCUUUGCUUCUUUGCAUAUUCAAUCCAGGCUGCCUCUGAAGACGAACCAGCAAAUGACAAUCUGUAUCUGGGACUUGUGCUUGCUUUUGUGGUCACAGUCAAUGGAUGCUUCUCAUACUAUCAAGAGGCCAAGAGCUCUAGGAUCAUGGAAUCUUUUAAGAACCUUGUUCCCCAGCAAGCCCUGGUUGUUCGUGAUGGUGAGAAAAAGGUCAUCAAUGCUGAGGAGGUAGUUGUAGGUGAUCUUGUGGAGGUCAAAGGCGGAGACAGAAUUCCAGCUGAUCUUCGUAUUGUCUCUGCACAAGGGUGCAAGGUGGACAACUCUUCCCUCACUGGUGAAUCUGAGCCCCAGUCUCGGACUCCAGACUUCUCCAGUGAAAACCCCUUGGAGACAAGAAACAUUGCAUUUUUCUCUACGAACUGUGUUGAAGGUACUGCCAGAGGUGUUGUCAUUAAUACUGGUGACCGUACCGUCAUGGGUCGUAUAGCCACCCUUGCCUCCAGUCUGGAAGGUGGACAAACACCAAUUGCUAAAGAGAUUGAGCACUUCAUCCACAUCAUCACUGGUGUAGCGGUCUUCCUGGGUGUGACCUUCUUAAUCCUUUCUGUGAUUCUUGGCUACACUUGGUUGGAAGGUGUCAUUUUCCUUAUUGGAAUCAUUGUUGCUAAUGUACCUGAGGGUCUCCCUGCAACUGUAACUGUGUGUCUGACUCUGACUGCCAAACGUAUGGCAAAGAAGAACUGCCUGGUGAAGAAUCUUGAAGCUGUUGAGACUCUUGGCUCAACCACCACCAUUUGCUCUGACAAGACUGGAACUUUGACCCAGAACCGAAUGACCGUGGCUCAUAUGUGGUUUGACAACCACAUUCAUGUAGCUGACACUACAGAGAACCAGAGUGGAACUGCCUUUGACAGGAGCUCAGCUACAUGGGCCGCCCUUGCGCGUGUCGCUGGCCUGUGCAACCGUGCUGUCUUCCAAUCUGAACAGAGUCAUCUACCAGUUCUUCAGAGACAAACAGCAGGUGAUGCUUCAGAGUCUGCUCUGUUAAAGUGUAUUGAGCUUUGCUGUGGUUCAGUCAGUGAAAUGAGAGAGAAGUACACAAAGGUUGCUGAAAUCCCUUUCAACUCCACCAACAAAUACCAGCUCUCCGUCCACAAGAAUCCCAAUUCCUCAGAGUCUAAGCACCUGCUAGUGAUGAAGGGCGCCCCUGAGAGAAUCUUGGAUAGAUGCUCCUCCAUUUUGAUUGAAGGAAAAGAACAGGCUUUAGAUGAUGAAAUGAAAGAUUCUUUUCAAAAUGCUUAUGUAGAACUCGGAGGUCUUGGAGAAAGAGUGUUGGGUUUCUGCCACUUUUCCCUCCCUGAUGACCAGUUUCCUGAAGGUUUCGCAUUUGAUUCUGAAGAAGUGAACUUCCCCACUGAGAACUUGUGUUUCAUUGGCCUUAUGUCCAUGAUUGACCCUCCUCGGGCUGCUGUACCAGAUGCUGUGGCCAAGUGCCGGAGUGCUGGAAUCAAGGUUAUCAUGGUUACUGGUGACCACCCAAUUACAGCCAAGGCUAUUGCAAGGGGUGUUGGCAUUAUCUCUGAAGGCAACGAGACCGUGGAUGAUAUUGCAGCUCGGCUGAAAAUCCCUGUUGGGGAGGUGAAUCCAAGAGAUGCUAAGGCCUGUGUGGUCCAUGGUGGAGAACUGAAGAAUAUGAGCGCAGAAAAUUUGGAUGAGAUCCUCCAACACCAUACAGAAAUUGUGUUUGCCAGAACUUCUCCACAACAAAAGCUGAUCAUUGUAGAAGGCUGCCAGCGACAGGGUGCCAUUGUAGCUGUAACAGGUGAUGGUGUCAAUGAUUCUCCUGCUCUGAAGAAGGCUGACAUUGGUGUGGCUAUGGGUAUUGCUGGAUCUGAUGUAUCCAAACAGGCUGCUGACAUGAUCUUGCUGGAUGACAACUUUGCUUCAAUUGUCACCGGAGUAGAAGAAGGCCGUUUGAUCUUUGACAACUUGAAGAAGUCCAUUGCCUACACUCUGACUAGUAAGAUUCCUGAGAUGUCACCCUUCCUCAUGUUUGUCCUUGUGGGUAUUCCUCUACCCUUGGGCACCGUCACCAUUCUCUGUAUUGAUCUCGGCACUGACAUGGUUCCUGCUAUCUCAUUGGCCUAUGAAACUGCUGAAAGUGACAUCAUGAAGAGACAACCAAGAGAUGCUAAAACAGACCACCUGGUGAAUGAGAGGCUAAUCAGUAUGAGCUAUGGUCAAAUCGGUAUGAUGCAAGCAGUUGGAGGGUUCUUUACCUACUUUGUAAUUCUUGCUGAGAAUGGAUUCUUGCCCAGGGAUCUGGUAGGAAUUCGUAUGGGUUGGGAAGAUAGGUAUCUCAAUGACCUGGAAGAUAGCUAUGGCCAGCAAUGGACCUAUGAGCGAAGAAAGAUUGUGGAGUACACAUGCCACACAGCAUUUUUUACCAGUAUUGUGAUUGUGCAGUGGACUGACCUGCUGAUCUGUAAGACCAGACGGCUCUCCAUCGUACAGCAGGGAAUGAAAAACCGAGUCCUUACCUUUGGUCUGUUUGUGGAAACUGCUCUGGCAGCUUUCCUGUCCUACUGCCCAGGCAUGGAUGUUGCUGUCAGAAUGUAUCCUAUGAAACCAUUGUGGUGGUUCUGUGCCUUCCCAUACUCACUGCUCAUCUUCAUCUAUGAUGAAAUUAGAAAAUACAUCCUUAGGCGAAAUCCAGGAGGCUGGGUGGAACUAGAAACAUACUACUGAAACAAGAAGACCUGUGGCAAACUUAUGAAAGGAGAUAUUUUCCAAAUGAUACAGAAUCUGGUCAUUGUCAGCCAAUAAAUAUCAAAUUCCAUGGAGCUGAAAUAGUUUUUUGUGUGUUUCCAUUAUUUAUUUAUUUUACAAGUUAAAAAGAUGUAGGCUAGAUAAAAAAUAGUUAUCCAGCUGACUUGCACAAAAGUAUAACCUAAAUGUAGCUGUAUGUAUUUAUAUAAGCAAAAAAGCAUGACAUUUUCCACAGAGUUAAUACUUAUUGGCAUUAUGUACUGUUGAUAUGAGUUGCUUGAAAAUUACAUAUAUAUAUAUAUAUAUAUAUAUAUAUAUAUAUAUAUAUAUAUAUAUAUAUAUAUAUAUAUAUAUCCUGGCGGCCAAAAGUUUGGAAUAAUGUACAGAUUUUGCACUUAUGGAAGGAAAUUGGUAUUCAGCUGAUCACAAUGUAUAGUCAGGACAUUAAUAAUGUGAAAGAUUACUAUUACAAUUUGAAAUAAAUGUUCAGAACUUCUUAAACUACUUCAAAGAGUUCUCAUAAAAAAAAUCCUCCAUGUGCAGCAAUGACAGCUUUGCAGAUCCUUGUUAUUCUAGCAGUCAGUUUAUCCAGAUACUCAGAUGACAUUUCACCCCACACUUCCUGUAGCACUUGCCAUAGAUGUGGCUGUCUUGUCGGGCACUUCUCACGCACCUUACAGUCUAGCUGAUCCCACAAAAGCUCAAUGGGGUUAAGAUCCAUAACACGCUUUUCCAAUUAUCUGUUGUCCAAUGUCUGUGUUUCUUUGCCCACUCUAACCUUUUCUUUUUGUUUUUCUGUUUCAAAAGUGGCUUUUUCUUUGCAAUUCUUCCCAUAAGGCCUGCACCCCUGAGUCUUCUCUUUACUGUUGUACAUGAAACUGGUGUUGAGUAGGUAGAAUUCACUGAAGCUGUCGGCUGAGGACAUGUGAGGCGUCUAUUUCUCAAACUAGAGACUCUGAUGUACUUAUCCUCUUGUUUAUUUGUACAUCUGGUCUUCCACAUCUCUUUCUGUCCUUGUUAGAGCCAGUUGUCCUUUGUCUUUGAAGACUGUAGUGUACACCUUUGAAUGAAAUCUUCAGUUUUUUUGGCAAUUUCAAGCAUUGUAUAGCCUUCAUUCCUCAAAACAAUGAUUGACUGAUGAGUUUCUAGAGAAAGCUGUUUCUUUUUUGCCAUUUUUGACCUAAUAUUGACCUUAAGACAUGCCAGUCUAUUGCAUACUGUGGCAACUCAAAAACAAACACAAAGACAAUGUUAAGAUUCAUUUAACGAACAAAUAUCUUUCAGCUGUGUUUGAUAUAAUGACAAGUGAUUUUCUAGUAACAAAUGAUCAAUUUAUCAUGAUUACUCAAGGAUAAGGUGUUGGAGUGAUGGCUGCUGUCAAGAUUUGAUCAAAAAUGACUUUUUUCAAAUAGUGAUGGUGCUGUUUUUUACAUCAGUAAUGUCCUGACUAUACUUUGUGAUCAAUUGAAUGCCAGUUUGGUGAAUUAAAGUACCAAUUUCCUUCUGAAACAGCAAAAUCUGUACAUUAUUCCAAACUUUUGGCCGCCAGUGUAUAUAUGUAUAUAGUACUGUGCAAAAGUUUUAGGCACUUGUGAAAAAUGUUGCAUAGUGAGGAUAUCUUCAAAAAUAAUGGCAUAAAUAGUUUUAAUUUAUCACUUAAUGUCAUACAAAGUCCAGUAAACAUAAAAAAAGCUAAAUCAAUAUUUGAUGUGACCACCUUUACCUUUAAAACAGCACCAAUUCUCCUAGGGACACCUGGACACAGUUUUUCUUGGUUGUUGGCAGAUAGGAUGUUCCAAACUUACUGGAGAAUUCGCCACAGUUCUUCUAUCUAUUUAGGCUGUCUCAAUUGCUUCUGUCUCUUUAUGUAAUCUCAGACUGACAUGAUGUUCAGUGGGGGGCUUUGUGGGGGUCAUGACAUCUGUUGCAGGGCUCCCUGUUCUUCUAUUCUAAUGUUUUCUAUUUGCAAAAGUAAUGUUUGGGAGUCUAACAUUUAUAUUUCCUAUUGACACACUAAAGCUGAAGAUAUAAAUAACCAUCUUAAGACAAAUGCUUUUGUGAAACAUCUUAUGUGAGUUUUGCACAGUACUGUGUAUAUAUAUAUACACUGUAGGUAUUUAUUACCUAUAGUUAAAAGUUCUAAAUUAUUAAAAAAGUAAUUGUAGAAUUAAUUCAUGAUAAUAGUUUAUAGAAAAAAAGUGACAAUUUAUGUUCAUAUCAUAUAUUGAGCUGUAUGGAAUACACUUAAUAGUAAAUAUGUAUAGGACAGAAGAGAGUAAACACACGCGUUCAUACACUGGAAUAUUCAAACAUGCAUGUGAUACUUUUGUCUAAUGUUAACCAAUUCAAAUUUGCAUUGAACUUUGAACUUAGUGGCUUCCAGGUGGAUGCUGCACACUGGUGGAGGUUGAGGAGAGUCCCGUUCACUGUGUAAAGCGCUUUGAGUGUAGUGUCAGAAAAGCACAUAUAUAAAUGUAACGUUCAUUCAUACAUACACAGACUCAACAAAGGGGGUGGCAUAAAUCUAAAUUACAUAUUUGACAAAGAAUAUGUAUUACUCUAAUAUUACUCCAUGAAACAAAUUUGCAGUGCCAGAGAAAACGUAAAACACAUUUCAUAAAGCCAAAACAUCAAGGUACUGACAUCAUACAGCCUUGUUUUGUGAGGUUUUUCAUAAAUACAAUCCAAUUUAUGAAGAAAAAAAAGUAACAAAAUAAAUAGCAGUUUAUUUUCAUUGCAAGAUGACUUUUUUUUUUUUUUAUUGUGGUUGGAGAACAUUUUAUCUCGAAUUAAAAACAAAUCUAAAGUCCAUUUGUAAUGACUGUAAACACACGUGCGCGCACACACGCAUUUCACGAAUGCUAACUUACAUUAUUGCAUUACAAUUACUCUAUUUUGUCGUGAAUUUUAAUAACAUCGUAGAUAAAUAAAAAUGAAAAAAAAAAAAACUAUGAGAAUAAAUUAAUAAAAAAGCAGAUGGCUUGUGUAUGAUACUGUAGACCACAAAGUCUGCGGCUUUCCCUUUAACUAAGAACACAUUACCAGACAUCUAAGAGCAAAUGUUGCAGCCACCAAGGGUUCAUUUUCAGAGUAACAACAGAGCAGGUGAUGACCCAAUAACUUCCUUAAUUUAUCCUUAUCUAAGAAAAAAAAAAAAGUGUUCCAUUAUGGUUCCUUCCUUAAAAGAAAAACCAGCAACAUACAUUUAACACCAUUCAGGCAAGCCAUUUUACAUUUUUAUACAUUCAAUGUCAUAUACUAAAAUAAACGAUGUAUGCACGGACCACAGGAGGGAGGUUCUGCAACCUCUCAUCCGCUAAAUUAUUCAGGUUUACAUGUUUGUCAAACUCCUCUCGGUCAGUGGGGUCAUUCAAUGGAGCACUUUUCAAUGCAAAAAAAAAGCUAAUGAUAAUUUCGAAGAAAGUUCAUUUUAGGUCAGUCUAAUUUGGUGUUUAACAUUGCAAAAUUAACAACUUAAAAUGAUAACAGAUAAAUGAAACACAAGUUUUACAUUAAAAUAAAAAAAUCAAACAGUGUGAAUGAAGAACAUUUUUAGCUUUACAUUAGUAUAUUUGAUGUGGCAGACAAAAUAA